AUGACGUCGCCGAAGAUCAAGGCUGUGUUUGUGGACAUGGAUGGCACUUUGCUCGACUCUGACCACCUCAUUAGCCCCCGCACCACCAAGGUAAUACAUGCACUCGAGGAGCGAGGUGUUGCCUUCGUUGUAGCCACAGGGCGUCCGUUUCCGGACGUCUUUGGCAACCUUGCCAAGGCGAAUCUAAGACCAGAUUUCAUCAUCACCAGUAAUGGGGCUCGCGUCCAUGACGCCCAGCACAACAUUGUCUUUGCGUGCGACAUGGACGCUGAGAGCGUCUGCCGGCUCUUUCAGCUGUCGCCGCACCUCAGGGAGGAUGGAGUGGUUGACUCAGCCGUGCAGCCGCGACGCAUCUUGUUCAAUGUCAACUGCAAGGAUCGUUGGCUCACCAACGAGUGCAUCCCAGAGGUCCGUGCAGCCUUCCACCCCUCAUUCAUCUACGAGCGGGCCGACCCGAUGGCGCACACCGCCGAGACGCUCAAGGGUACGCACAGCAUGUGGAUCCGCGGCGCGCACGCGGAUCUAUUGUGUGUGAAGAAGUACGUCGACCGCGAGCUUUCCCACGAGAUCGGCUGCACCUUUGCGCUACCCCACAUCCUCGACUGCUUCAGCAAGGGUAUCGACAAGGGUGUCGCCAUGGACAAUGUGUGCAAGCGCCUUGGCAUCGAUCUCAGAGAGACCAUCGCGUUCGGCGAUGGCAUGAAUGAUAUCCCAAUGCUCACAGCGGCAGGUCAGAGCUUUGUUAUGGCGAAUGCUGCAGAGAUGGUGAAGCAGGCCGCACCUGAGCUCCCGGUUAUUCCGUCGAACAACGAGGAAGGCGUUGCGUGCAAGCUCGAGGAGCUGCUGGCGACUGACGCCUUUGUCAGGUAA